AUGGCGGCUAGGUUCGCACCACAGCCUACGUUUGCAUCUGCUGAUGUCCCAGUCCCUACAAACCGUCCACCUCAGCCCACGGGCACCACUAUACGCCGUGCAAAAACCCUCACUCGCCCGGAGCGAAGUGUCGCACCAGUACCUCUCAUUAAUCCCCAAUCAUCCCUUGCCCUUUCCGCAUCAGGUACUAUUCAAGCUAGCUCCCAGAGCAGUGGUUUCGACCCAUGGCGCUUGUUCGCUCAGAUUGUUACUUUUUGGGCUCCAUCCUUUUUGCUCAGCUCUCUCGGCGGUUUCAAAGACAAGGGCAAGAUCCAGGCUUGGAGAGAGAAAAUCGCCCUAUGUUUCAUCAUCGCUAUCCUAUGUCUUAUAGUCGGCUUCAUAACCGUUGGCACUCAGAAGGUCUUGUGUCCCGAGACAUCCAGCAUGAACCCCUCGCGGUACUCAACUCUUGGCUCACUCCCCGGUACACUUAGCAUACUCGGCAUUUUAUACAAUGUCACCCAGGCCAAGAGUCCUGCAAGUGUGAACCUUGACCAGCUCACCCUUAAAGAGCCAGGACAGGACAUCACUCCCUACUUCUAUCGCACCGCCAGCCAAUAUUCCGCAUGCCAAGGUCUCAAAUUCCGUGUCGCCUUGGACCAACCGUGUAUAUCUACAACGGACUGUCCUCUUGGCGCAAUCAACGCCUCUUCUACCUUUACGCAACUCGAUAUCCAGGAGACAACACUUCUACUUGGUUACGACUGGGUCCAGGUCGCUGCCCUCCCAAAUUACUUCGUGAUCGACGGUGCUGUGCUAAACAUGAAUCCCUAUAUGACACAACAUCCCAGCCCAGUGACUUCCGACCCUGUAGAUCUCGCAAUCCGCACCAUCCUGAACACACAGGCAAGCUCUAGUGGAAAGGAUGGUACCCGCCUAUUCUACAACCGUGCCGACAUCCUUACAGCAGUCCCAUGCCUCUAUCAGCGAUAUUAUGCAGGAAACAUUGCCAAGAUCACCCCCGGCUGUUUCGUUAGCUCGCUCUUCCUAUAUGUCGGACUCAUCGUCAUUCUUGGCCUCGUCCUCGUCCGCUUUGCAAUGGCGUGUGUAUUUAGUUGGUUCCUGUCUGCGAAGCUUGCAGGUCCCCCGGAUAAGUCCCAUCUCAACAGGUCGGCUAUCAGUCCGGCAGUGAUGCCUGGGGGUGCAAAUAUCUCAGUUGAUAACCGCACGGGUACGGCACCAUGGGCUGGCCCUCAUGGGUCGAAGAAACUCGUCAAAGCAAUCCCCACCCGCCUCCCUGCAUCUUCUAGCACAACCCUAUUACCAGAAGCCGCACCCGUCAUGUCUCUCACACAAAUCGGCACCGAGUUAUUUGCCAUCUGCCUCGUAACAUGCUACUCUGAGGGUGAAGACUCUAUACGCUCCACGCUGGAUUCCAUUUCGCGAACGACUUACUCUGAUGCACGCAAGCUGCUUUUUGUGGUAGCCGAUGGCAUGAUCACUGGCGCAGGAGAGAAGAUGAGCACACCGGAUAUUUGUGUGGGAUUAUUAGAUGCAGAUCCUCGAUUCGGCAACCCCAUGCCUAUGAGUUAUCUUGCAAUUGGAAGUGGAAUGAAGCGGGAAAAUAGGGCAAUGGUCUAUGCAGGACACUACACGGUUGCUGGUCGCCGCACACCCACUGUCAUUGUUGUUAAAUGCGGAACGGAGGCCGAGGCUACCAGUGACAAAAAACCUGGAAACCGCGGCAAGCGAGACAGCCAGCUUAUUCUCAUGAACUUUUUCUCUCGCGUCACAUAUAACGAUCGGAUGACCCCUCUUGAUUUCGACUUAUUCCGAAAGAUCCAUACCCUGAUGGGUGUUACGCCCGACUUCUUUGAGGUCUGCUUGAUGGUUGAUGCCGAUACCAAAGUAUACCCUGAUUCGCUGAAAUACCUCGUCAACUGUAUGCACCACGACCAAAUGAUCAUGGGCGUCUGCGGGGAGACUCGCAUAGCUAACAAACGUGAUUCCUGGGUCACCGCCAUCCAAGUCUUCGAAUACUUCAUCUCCCACCACUUAGCCAAAGCCUUCGAAUCCGUCUUCGGUGGUGUUUCAUGUUUGCCAGGAUGUUUCUCCAUGUUUCGACUGAAAGCGCGCAAAACGACAGGCGAUGACUGGAUCCCUCUUAUCGUCAAGCCUGAGAUUGUACGCGAAUAUAGUCAAAGCGAGGUCACUACACUGCACCAACAGAACCUUCUUCUACUCGGAGAAGAUCGCUUCCUCACUACCAUCCUCCUCCGUACAUUCCCCAAUCGUAAGAUGAUGUUCUUACCCCAAGCCAGAUGCCGCACUGUUGUACCCGACACUUUCAAAAUUCUCCUCUCCCAACGACGUCGAUGGAUUAACAGUACGAUUCACAAUCUGAUGGAACUUGUUCUUGUGCGCAAUCUAUGCGGGACAUUCUGUUUCAGCAUGCAAUUCGUGGUCUUCAUGGAUUUGGUCGGGACGGUCGUACUACCCAUUGCCAUUAUGCUCACGUAUGCGCUCAUUGUGGGCAUGAUCAUGCAACCCCCAACAACCUUCGAGGAAGCGAUCCCACUCAUGCUGCUUGUAUCAGUGCUGGGUCUUCCCGCUGUGCUGAUAUUGAUAACAACGAGGAAGGUUGUAUAUGUGUUUUGGAUGAUUAUAUACCUCCUAGCACUUCCGGUGUGGAAUUUUAUUCUUCCCGUGUAUGCAUUCUGGCAUUUUGAUGACUUCUCAUGGGGAGAGACGAGAAAAGUGGAAGGGGAGUCAAAGGGAGAAGGGCAUGGUGCUGGCUCUGGCACCUUCGAUGGUUCCUCGGUUCCUCUUCGCCGCUGGGAAGACUGGGAGCGCUCGCGCUUACGCAAACUCAAGCGUGAAGAACGGCGGCGGCGUGACUUUGAUCGCAUGCAUCCAGCAGGGUACAUUUCUUCCGAAAAUGACCUGCUCAGCGCGCGCAAUGAUGCCCGUAGUCCAUACGGCGACGGAUCAGACACGCAUUCUGUCGUAUCGUCCGAGGAUGAUCAUUAUGGCCCGCAGAUUGGUGGAUACAACGAGAACAAUACUCAGUUCCCUGCUCCGCCUGUUGGUCUGUUUCCGUCUGGACAUGGGGCGGAUGGGAAUAAGGUGGUUGGUGGUGCAGAGUUGGAGGCGAUGUUGGAGAGUGGUUUUGAUGAUGAUGAGAGCCCGCAACGGACGCCUACGAGUGCGAUGUACGCCGCACGGUAUCAGCUUAGCGAUAAUCCAGUCACAACAGCGUCUCAUGUCCUACGCAUCAUCCGACUCGGGCUCGCGAACACCCCCCAUACAUCAUCAACCGUAUGGCACACGAAUAGAGGACCGGAGUCGCACCGGUGA